AUGAUUAGAAACUUCUCUUGGUCUGAAAAUCCACUCAUCCUUAAAUUGCAGCAGUUGUCGGAGAACUGCUUAGUUGAUAAGCGUUACAAGCCUGAUGUUUCUCUAUUGAGAUUCCCGUUACUGAACUCUUUUAGGGAGGUCGGGGGGAUGUUAUAUAGGAGCACCCAAUCUAAAAAGCCUUCAACAUUCGACUAUACCUGGAAGGAAUUGACUGUUCCAAUUGAGAUUGAUAUUGACUCUGGUUCUGGCAUCAAAUCUGAACCUGACUCAAAUAGUGUGUUCGAAAAACUUAUUCAGACUAAAUACCAGGGUUUCGUUCGAGUCUUUACUGAUGGCUCAAGGGAUCCAUUUAGGGGACUAUUCGGUGCUAGUUUUGUAGUUCCUUUAUUAAACGAAAAAUGGUCUCUGUGUGAACUUAAGAAUAGACUUUUCUCCCCUCACCUUCAUCCGUUCAUUGGAAACAUUGUUAAAAUGAUUGUUUACAUAUUGGAGGGAGGUGGACAGGAUGAACCAGAAUUACAAUUUGCCGAUGAGCAAAACUUUUCAAUAGAAUAUAUAGAUACUGAUAAAUCUCCGUUAGUUGCCUGUGAUACUAAAAAUGAUUUUAUGAAUGAUAGUACUACUCCUGGUACUUCUAGUAAUCAAAUUGUCUGUGAUAUUACAGACUGUUCUAAAGAAAAUUUGAAAGAAUUUCUAGAACAUAAUGGAGACGGAAGAUUAAUUUUAAGCCAAUUUUCGGUUAAUAACAGUUUGAAUAAAGCAUCGAGAAGCCUGCUAACUCGAGUAAUUAUUAAAAAAUUUAAAGAUGAUGCUUUUAAAUCAGUAGCACUCGGUGAAAAGCUUCGUGAAUUUCAUAUACCUGCUGAGCUCUUCGCUGUUAUUUCUAAAGAAAUAGAAGUACUAUUUCCAGGAGAAAUAGCAAGUACUUAUUAUUCGCCCUACCGUAGUGAGAAUGGAAUCAGUAUUUCGCCGUCAGGAAGUCUAUGGUAUAAUUAUAAUUAUAUUAAGGAUUGUUUAAGAAGUAAAGACUUCCUUGAAGCUACUACAAAAAAAAAUAAAAAAGACAGCUGUAUAUUAAAUGACGUGAAUACCGAAAAUAGCGAUUUUCAGUGGCUUCAAAAAAAUUUGGAACCUUGGGAAACUGUUUGUUGUAAAUGGAACGCAACAUACCAUAUAAGAAAGGCUUUUUUGAACAAGGAGACAUCGAUAUCAAAUUUUAUUAGAAAAUUCCCAUGUUUAUUAACAGAAAACGCUAAAGAACUGUAUUUGAAGGAUUUUGAAAGGCUGCACCCAGAGCAUACUUCUUCUUUAUUUGACAGGUGGGACACCAUUAAAGGCGUAAUUAUAAAUGAGUUACAAAAAAUUUCUGUAACUAAAGGAAAGGUAAAAGACAUUCGCGAUCAAGCCCUAAUCCAAUUAUUGCCAACUUUAGAAGCAGGAGCUCAAGACGCUGUUGUACUAUCCUUACUUCCGUUAUUAAUUAACAUCACUCGUCCUGGUAAAAGGAAACGAAGUGAAUCUGUGGGUGAUGCAGAAUUAGGUAAUCAACCAAACGUGAGAAGCAUAAUAACUCGAGGCGAAAGACUUGAAACCUUUGUUCAACAUGUGGAGUUGGAGACGGACUUGAAUUGCAUAAUAGACAAAUUGAGAGACAAAUUAUUGAAAACGAAGGACACUUUUCAGCCAAUGAUUUUCGUCGUUGGACCAUUAAUCAAAAUUCAAAAGGCAGUAGUAGUGGUAGAUGAACAGCAUUACGCAUUCGAUUCACAAAUUGACGAAAAAUCAGUAUUACAAGCUCUGGACUUAGCCUUUAAAGUAUUUUUCGUGCUUGAGUGUCAUUACCCGAAAACUUCAACGUCACUGUGGCAUUUUAUUCAAAACAGUGGAUACGAUUUAUCACUUGCAGGUGAUAAACCAAAUGCGUCUGUGAAAAUAUUGAUAGGAUUGGUAAAGCAUGCGUUAAGUCUUCCGAAACAAGUUUAGGUUUUUUCAUUCCUUCAUUUUUAAAAUUCUUUUUUUAAAAUGUUCGCGUUCAUAUGUUCAACAUGUAAAUUCUCAUUUGAUAAUAAUCAUAAGUUGAUGAGACAUGUUAAUUUAACACAUUCUCAGCUAAAUCGGUUCACAUGUUCAGAAAAGUUUUGUCAAAAAUCAUUCUCUUUAAUUGACUCGUUUUUAAAACAUAGACGAAUGAAACAUUCUGCAAAUGUUUCAUCUAAUAACGAACUGUCUACUUUUGAAGAACCUUCACUUGUAAAAAAUGUUAUUACAGUUUCAAAAAGCGACGAAAUACUUUAUGAUAUUCCUUCAGAUUCAGAAAGUGAAUCAUCUUCAGAAAGUGAAUCAUCUUCAGAUGAAGAUUUGAUUUUAAAUAAUUCGAAUGACACGGAUGUUCUUAAUAUUGUUCAACAAGUUUCACGAGUAAAAAAACAAAUUUUUGAUUCCGAAGUACAGUUUUCUAGUAAAUACUACCAGUGUGCAGAUAUAUCUAGAAAAAGAGUUGCUGAGCUUAUGUCAGAUGCUUCAAAGUUAAUCGAAUGUACUAUUAAUAACGUUGAAAAUGAAGUCUGCAAUCGUUUAGAAAGUUUAGGUGCCAAUGAAAAAUAUAUUGCUGAAAUCAAAGAUGUUUUUACACAGUUUUCGGAACCCUUUGAAAAAAUGAAAACCGAAAAACAAUGUUUCGCGAAAUUUAAAAACUUUGACACAUUUAUUGUUCCAGAAAGUUACAAAAUCGGCGAACGUAAAGAAUAUAAGUUUACACUUUCUGGACCUAUUAGUAAAAAUGUUUCUGUUGUAGCUCAAUUCAUUCCAAUAAGACAUGUGUUGACAAAAUUUUUUGAAAUGCCAGGUGUUUAUUACGAAACAGUUAAAUAUAUAAAUUCAUUGAAUUCGCAAAAGGAAAUAAUAUCUAAUAUCGUACAAAGCCCUUUCUGGAAAAAUAAAUUGCUUCUACAUCCAGAAAAAUUUGUAUUGCCUCUAAUUAUGUAUUUCGACGAUUACGAAACCAAUAAUCCGUUAGGUAGCCGAAAAGGUAUAUCUAAAUGUGGCGCAGUGUAUUUAGGUUUGCCUUUUUUGCCACCUGAAUUUCAAUCUAAGAUAGAGAACAUUUUCUUAUUUAUAUUGUUUAACUCCUUAGAUCGCACUUUAUUUAAAAAUAAAGUAAUUUUUGAGAAAGCAAUUGAAGAAUUAAAAUUUCUACGAACGGAGGGCAUAUUAAUAAACAUUAAUGGCAGACAAAUAAAAAUAUACUUUGAUUUGGCAAUAAUAAUUGGUGAUAAUCUCGGUUUAAAUUCAAUUUUUGGUUUCAUGGAAAGUUUUAACGCGAAAAAAUUUUGUCGAAUGUGCUUGAUUGAUAUCAGUGAAAUAAAUUCAAUUUUUAAAGAAUCGGAUUGCAGGCUUCGAAACGUUUCAAAUUACAACAGUUCAUUAAAAGAAAAUGACCAAAAAAAAUCUGGAAUCAAGGAAUCAUGUGUAUUUAAUGAAAUCCCAGGUUUUCACGUAACCGAAAAUCCAGCAGUAGACCUACAACACGACUUCGCAGAGGGAAUUUGUCGGUAUGAUGUGGCCCUUAUUUUACACCAUUUUAUUUAUAUUAAAAAAUAUUUCACAUUAGAUCACUUAAAUGAAAUCAUAAAUGCAUAUAAUUAUGGUUCAAAUGAAAAUAUUAAUAAACCACUUGAAAUUACUCAAUUGCAGUUAAAAAAUAAAUGUGUCAUAAUGUCAUCUGCAGAAAUGCUAAAUCUUGUUAGAAACUUGAAUUUAAUGAUCGGUAUUUUUGUUGAUGCAGUUGAUGAAUGUUGGAACUUGUUAUUAAUGUUACAGGAAAUAAUAGAAAUAGUAAUAAGUAAAAAUGUAACAAUUGAAACACCCAAAUUAUUGAAACUUAAAAUUUUUGAUUAUCUCAGUUUGCUAUCGACGAAAUUUCCAAAAAGUUUAAAGCCAAAGCAUCAUUUGCUUAUCCACUAUCCCUCUGUGAUGCGUCAAGUUGGUCCACUGUGGCACAUUAACUGUAUGAAAUUUGAAAGCAAACAUCAUGAAGCGAAAGAAAUAUCACACACAUCUGUUUCUCGAGUUAAUAUCUGUAAAACAAUCGCCCUGAGACAUCAACUUAUUUUAAAUUAUAGAUUUUUGACGAAAAAUUCAACACAAAAAUGUUAUGUUACUGGUCAAGUCAAAUCUGUGCCGAUAUGCAAUUUAAUAGAUGUUACGAAUUUUAUUCAUUUAAUCCCUCAGCGUUCGAAUUUUUUGGUCUCAAAAUAUAUUAAGUACAUGGGUUUUAAAUUGAAACAAAACAGUGUGAUUGUAAGCUUUUCUGAACUGGGACCUGUCUUUAAUUUCAUUCAUUUAAUUAUAUUGAAUGGGAAUGACGAUUUUAUGUUUAUUACGAAAUGCAUGACAGAUUGUUUUUUUAACGAACAUUUUCAAGCGUAUAAAAUCUACGAUAUUUCUUCCUAUCAUUGGGAAAUCAUCAAAAAAGCCGAUUUAGAUAAAGCUGUUAUUUCACACGUAAAUAAAAUCAGCGACGGCUUUUACUACAUUUCCAAAAAUUGGAUGUGAUUUGCAUUGCAAUAAUUAGGUUGCUUUUUAAACUUUUUUUAAAUUAGUUUAUUUCUUAAAAGAUAAUAAUUUUGUGAUUAUUGAUUUAGGUUUACUCGAAAUUGUUGUAUGUUACCAUGAUAGUUCAGGUCGUGUAAUUUAUUGAAAAAUGUCACAUUAUAUUUAUGUAUAAAUCACUAAGUUUUUGGUAUUUAGUCAGUUCAACUGAAAAAACAAGUUUGAUAAAAGGAAAAGCAGGAAAUAAAUAAUUUUCAAUUUUUAAAUCUAAUUUUUGUAUCUCUCUUAUUUUAUGAUCAUUGUUAACAGAUUUUCAUUAAAUUUAUGCAUUAUGUAUGAAAUAUUUUUUUAAAGUAUUAAAAUUACCAAUAAGUCAAGAAAAUGACACAAAAA